AUGAACCAAGAGAUAUUAGAGUCAACCGAAGAGGUUUCGUCCGACCUUGCGCAUGCGGAUGCAUUUGGUUCUCCGGAGGAGUUUGGAGAGGCCUUGCGCCAUCUAAUGGAAUCAGAAGCUCGGGCCACCGCCUUCGCAGAGCGAAAAAAGCAGGUUCAAGAGCUACUGAACUCUUUUCCCAACACGGCCGCCGCCACUUUGACCUUGGGCAACGACGGCACAGCUCCGGAAUGCACAAUCUCCCUGGCUAGAACAGAACACAAGCUGCCCUAUUUGCCGAGUUGUAUUGCAACUGCCACCUCCGUCGAACUCGGAACCCUCUAG